AUGCCCGGCGCGUCACUCUGCUCUCCCAUCCCGUCCGCCGCCAACGCCAUGCUCUCCCGCAGGUCCUCCAACAGGGCACCCCCAGAGACACCCCCCGCCACCCUCUCCCGCAACAGCUCCCUCAGGGCCCACUCCCACGACAGCCCAGUCGCAGAGAACGCCGCCGCCAACGUCAUAGAGACGGGCGCAGUCCGCGUCAAGCGGGACCAGGAGUCCGGCAAGUGGAUGAUCAAUCAAUAUAGGGUUCUGUCAGAGAUUGGGUCCGGUACUCAUGGCCGUGUUCGCCUCGGGCAAGAUAUGUCGGCAGAGAUUCCUACGGCAGACGACGAUGGCGAGUUGGAAGCUGGGGCUUCACCAGAAGACUCGUUCUGGGCUAUCAAAAUCGUUGAUAGAAAUCCCAAACGGAAGCGUCUAGCUGGUCUAGGAAAGCACAAGGGGUCUUCUGGGGGUGCCAAAAUGAUGAAUGAGAGCGAAAUUCGCAAGGAGAUUGCAAUCUUCAAAAAGGUCAAUCACCCCAAUGUUGUGCGGAUGAAGGAAAUCAUCGAUGAUCCAGAAUCAAGCAAAAUAUACAUGGUUCUAGAAUGGUGUAGGAGCGGCGAAAUCAUCUGGAAAGACGGUGAGGGUCAGCCGGCUUUGACUGUGGGAGAAACUCGCAAGAUCUUCCGGGAUACCUUGUUGGGGCUCGAAUACCUCCAUCAUCAAGGCAUCAUACACCGAGACAUAAAACCGAGCAAUCUGUUGCGAGCGGCAGACGGCACUGUCAAGAUCUCUGAUUUUGGCUGCUCCCACUUUUCCGAAGCACUUCAAGCUGCUGUUGCCCAACCUGGUCAUGAGGGGGAUGCGUACGUGGACGAUAUUGAGCUGGCCAAGACUGCGGGUUCUCCAGCGUUCUUUGCCCCCGAGAUGUGUUACUCGGGGCUUGAGGCAGAGCUCUCGCCAAAGAGCACAACCAGCCACGGCACACCCAGCUCGGAACUACCAUCAUUUACCCUUCGCCCCCCUUCAUGCGCCGACUCUUACCCCGAGGCGACGCUGUCCGUCAAGUCUGCGACUUCGCGCACGUUUCCCCUCAAGCCUACCGACAGUAAUGAUUCUCAAGGGUCACGGCGACCUUCAUCCUAUCGCUCCCAGUCCUCCUCUGCCACGGCCCAACGUCGCGGACAACGACUGCCAAUCACGAAUGCUAUUGACGCGUGGGCUUUGGGCGUCACCCUCUACUGUCUUCUCUUUGGCAAGACGCCAUUCGACGCUCCAAACGAAUACCUCUUGAUGCAAGUCAUCGCCUCGGACCCCUACAUAGUGCCUCCUUUCAUGGGAAAAGACCGGUUACCGACCGGAAACGGUGGCCUUCCUCCGGCUGAUGAAGCUGUGGAGGCGUUGAACGUAUUGGCAAAGCUGUUGGAGAAGGAUGCGUCGCAUCGCAUCAGCCUUGAACAAGCAAAGAAACAUCCUUUUACUCUACGGGGCCUGCAUGACCCAGCAGCUUGGCUGGCCCAAACCGAUCCCCAUACCCAGACAUUUGUCACAGUGUCUAGCGACGAGGUGGCCGCUGCCGUCACCAAAUCGACUCGGUUUCGUGACCGUUUCAAGCGAGGGAUCAAAUCCCUGUCGGUUAAACUUUUCAGUGCGACUGGGAGAGCGCGUGGUCACAGUGUCAGCAGCACAGAUACCCCACUGGGCUUGGAAAGUCCCUCUGGGACCCCGUCGAGCGGCCAGGCAAUGUCAAUGUCGGCCUGGACAUCUCAACAGACAACUCCCCGGGGCACAAAGUUGGCAGCUUUGAACGCUGUGGCUACACCAAGCCAGGACGCCUCUCCCAUAAACAGCCCUCUCCCGCAGCCCAGUCUGGUUAGGCGUAUCUCGCAACUCAAUGGCACAUCGUCGGAACAUUCACACCCUCUUCCAGUGCACUCUGCGAGCGGACAAGACGGAUCCUCUGAUCGUCCAAUCCAUGCUUCUCCAGAGUCUAUGAGAGACCCGGCAGUAAAGCUGCCCCCGAGCUACAUUGCGGCCAGGCGGCUUUCCUCCCAUCUGGCUCAUCAUGCCAAACCAGUCAUCGUCCCUCUCAUGGAUGAUACGACGCAUCCGCCUCAUUCUGUCGCGUCAUCAAGCUCCCUAGACCGCUUCAGAAGCACCUCCGAUCAGCCCUACGUCGCAAGUCUGAGACAUCGCGAAUCAAGCGAAGCAGACAUGUAUGGACGACAAAGAUCUCAUAGUAAUGCGUCCAGUAUCAGUAGUAAGCUUGCUAGGCUGUGGCGUACAACCAGCCAACGAUCAAAAUCUCUGGCGCCCGAGAGAGAACCCCAUCAUGACUCUGAUAUAGAUGACUUGGCCGUCACGGAUCGAUCAGUCAGGUCAGAGUCCCCCGGAAAUCAAUUUGGCCGGAUGAGCCUGGAGGACUCCUUUCCUCGAGAAAGUCUGGAGUAUUUGGAUUCAAGUUCGCCGUCGUCGCCUAUGCCGAGCCCGGAGCGAUCUCUGCCGGCAGGCUGGGACACUCGCAUGCGCACAAAUAUAUCGCGAAGAGGGUCGAGCCUGAGUGAGGAGUUUACGGGAAAAGACGUUCCUGAAGAGGAGAUCGAUUGGGAAGGGUCGAUAUCCGACGAGGACGAUUACGUCCAAGGUGGUAGCGCGGGCAAGGUCGGAGCACCUUCACGAUGGAACAAGCCCGACGACAAUGGUAUCGGGCUCGGUAUCCAACAAUCGGCUGCUAUGUCGGUCUCUACUGCCCCAAGUCUUGAACCAAUACCAGAUGGUUCACCGAUCGCGCCCAUGACCUUUCCCGUUGUCCGCUCGCCAUCACGCCCCACUCCUGUGAAUAUACGCCCAACCACGCCCGAUUCUGUACACAGAGUUCCCCCGCGAACAAGCCCGCGGAUCUCCCACUCUCCCUUACGUACUGGCUUUGGUAGCGAGAGAACAAAAAGUCCCCUAGGUGGGAAGUUCCGUGAGGACUCGAGACGGACCGUGUUGGCCGACCAGGCAAACUCUUCUUCCGUCCUGCUAGACGACGAUGAGGAAGAAGAGGAAGAAGGACUGGCCAUCUCCAUUAGUAACAGACGCCGCAGGGGUUCAGCUAUGACGCAGCUGUCAGUGGUUACCGGAGAUAGAUGA